AUGGGCGAUCGCUUCCGCGCCCGAGUUUCCGGUAUCACGUUUAAUCCUCGACACGCUUCGUUCGGUCGCAACUACACACGCGGUAUGGGUUCGGGGGCUGGGAAUGGAGGAUGGGAGCAGAUUGAAAUGGAAGACAUGCUUGGGGAGGACAGUGAGGAGGACUGA